UGCUUAAACGACUCGCGGAGUCGAGUCAUUCGUUCGUUCGGUUCGGAGUCGCGAGUAGCCAAAGUCAAAUCGUAAUAGCGCAGCGAUACGGUUGCGGUUCGUUUGGACGCAGUGAGGCGCGCGCUUUCAAGCGGCCAGCAACGAUCCUUCGAAAACUUUUGAAAACUUCGCUAGCUCCAGAUAAACCGAGUCCUCGGAUUCUGUGAUCUCACUAAUCGAAGAAAUUUGUGCGUUUUAGCUCACCACGUGAUAUCGGCUGUAUUUCAACCGAGCUGAUAUAUUUAGGAAUUUUUAUACGCGAAUCAUUGAAAACCGAUAAGCCUUCUUUUUUUCCCAAAAGAAAAAAAGGAACUCUUUCCGAACGAGAUUCUUCUGUGAAGAAGAUAUCCGACACAACGAAUCGAAAUGUUACGGAGCAAAAACGACUUCCCGUUGGGGAUGGCUGUGGGGUUUUUCGUUGUCACUUUCCUCCUCACUUACGCACAUGGAGUUUCCAAUUAUUACGGUUUACCAGACGGCCCAUACUGUAGGGGUAGGUAUCCAGCUUUGAGAUGCUGCGAUGGCCGUCAAGACGAGUGCAGUGCGCCAAUCCUCGAUUCUGUUUGCUACUGCGAUGAUUUUUGUAACCGAACACGAUCUGACGAUUGUUGCCCGGAUUAUUGGUCCCAUUGUAAGGGCAUCAAUAUCGACGAAGGCCCGGGUGAAAUAAGACAGUGUCAUUUCAAAAACGCCUACUACAAUGACGGUCAGACGACGAUGGACAACUGCAAUGAAUGCAAAUGUACCAACGUUAACGAGCGCGCGGAAAUGCUUUGCGAGACGAAUCGUUGCUUGAUCGAACCCGAUGUGAUCGAAAGUGUGAAUCUCCCGAGCUCAAGACUCGGAUGGCGGGCUGGAAAUUAUUCAGAUUUCUAUGGAAGGACACUCGCUGAAGGGGUCUUGCUCAAAUUGGGAACUCUGAACCCGUCAAACUCGGUGACCAACAUGCUCCCGGUCCUUCGGUUCUACGACCCCAAUCAACUUCCGAGGGAGUUCAAUGCCGAAGAACGCUGGAAGGAUCUCAUCUCCGGAAUCACGGACCAGGGCUGGUGCGGCGCUUCAUGGGCCAUUUCUACGGUUGACGUUGCUUCCGAUCGCUACGCUAUUAUGAGCAUGGGUCGCGAAGCCGUCCAGCUAUCAGCUCAGCAUUUACUAUCCUGUAACAAUAGGGGACAACAAGGAUGCAAGGGUGGUUAUCUAGACAAAGCCUGGCUCUUCACCAGGAAAUGGGGUUUGGUCGACGAGGACUGUUACCCAUGGUUGGGAGGUACGAACGGGAAAUGCCGACUUCCAAAAAAAUCGACCCUCGCUGCAGCCCGAUGCCGAAUCCCGACAGUUCCGGCAAGAAAAUCAUUCUACAAAGUAUCGCCUGCCUAUCGUUUGGGCAACGAGACGGACAUAAUGUACGAAAUUCUUACCUCUGGCCCAGUUCAAGCCACGAUGAAAGUCUACGAAGAUUUCUUCGUUUACAAAACUGGUGUGUACAAACACUCCAGACUCGCAGAAUCUCAACGCACUGGUUAUCACUCUGUAAGAAUAGUUGGAUGGGGUGAAGAACUCUCCGAAUAUGGACCGCCGGUCAAAUACUGGGUGGUAGCCAACUCCUGGGGUCACGAAUGGGGUGAAAACGGAUUCUUCAGGAUCUUACGAGGUGUUAACGAGUGUGAAAUCGAAACCUUCGUUUUGGCGGCUUGGGCCAAAACAGUGAUGAAGCUUUAAAGUGUCUCAAUAUUUUUUCAAUGCCUAUUCUUGAAUAAAAAAAAUUAUGAAAAAAGAACAAAAAAGAAAAACAAACCAUACAGACAAGAUUCGCGUAUCACCGUUGUAUUUAUUAGCACACUACUAAUAACUAUCGACAGUUUUUAAUUAUAAAAUAUAAUAAUAAUUACAAUAAAACCAACUGUAUUGAGUAUGCAUGUUACCACGUACAUAUUAUUAUGAUAUGAAAAUAAUUCUAUGCUAUUAUAUUAUUAAUAAUUUUUAUUUUAAUAUAAUAUAUAUUUUUACAAACAGGCUAUUCUGCUAGUGCUGUGCCUUGGUCACUCAUGUAAAUUACGUCAUGAUAUUGAUUUAGCUAUAAAUUAUUUAAUAAAAAAAAUAUUCGAAGUAAUCAUAAUCACUAA